AUGAAUGUGGGCUGCGACGACAUGCACACGCUGUCGCCUCGGGACGGGCCGAUCCUCACGCCGCACAGUACGCUCUGGCUGCCGGACGACCCCUCCGGCACCUUUGCGCGCUCCAGUCUGUGGGCGGUGCACAUCUUUCGCCUGCUUGAGCCGCACGAGACCAGAGCGCUCGUCGCGUUGGCGCUCGAGCACGCGGCGGCAAACGGCUGGUCGACGCGGCGGCACAAGCACCACCCGACCACCGACAUUGCGGUCGAGCGCGAGACGGCGCCGGCGCUCCACAGCGCGGUCAAGCCGCUCGUCGCGCGAGUCGUGCUGCCGACGUUGGCGCUGCACUAUGGCUUUGAGCUCUGCGAGUUGCAGAUGCGAGACCUGUUCGUGGUCCGGUACCAGCAGGGCGCGCAGGACCGGCUGACGCCACACCGCGAUGGCAACCUCCUCUCCUUCUCCAUCCUCCUCUCGGACCCGAGUGAGUUUGAGGGCGGCGGCCUCCGCUUCCACUCCCUGGGCCCGGCCUGCGACGCGUGCGGCGGCUUGCGGGCGGCAGCUGCCACGUGCCGGCGGUGCGACGGGGUGGGCCGGCUCGCGCUGCCCGGGUGCGGGUGCGGCGACCUGACGACGCACAGCGGCAAGCUGCUCCACGAGGGCGCCCGUGUGACGAGCGGCACUCGGUUCGUCCUCGUUGGCUUCGUGCAUGUGACCUCGCCAGAAAUCGACCACGAGUUCAUCUCGCACGGCUCGCUCGCCAACUCGUCCGCGGUAGGUGCCUGGGCCGACCACGAGUGCGUCGGCGGCGCGCGGCUCUCCCCGCCCUCCUCCCCACAGAGAGAGAUGCACACGGCCUUCGACGAUGAGACGGCUUUGGCUGCGCAUUUGUUUGGUGGCUGA